AUGGGCAACGAAAUCAAGCAAAUUCAGGAGGCACAAAUCGAGCUGAGAGCGGGGGUUUGUCGCCUCAGCGAAGCAGACCUUCGAGAACUAUGCACCGAGUUGCACAUUGAAUUGAAGGAGAAAGCCACAGGCCGCCUCGCUCAAACUGUGACAAAACAUUUAGAUGCUGAGGAACUGGAUAUUAAGAAGUUGAAGGAGGUGAGAGUUGUGGUCGAGCAGAAGGGGGCAAAAGGAUAGGCGACAAAGGUUAAAAGUGAACCUGAUGACAAAGGAGCAGCUGCGAUGCAAAAGUCAGACGCGAGAACCAGUGUGAAUGUCCUUGAAGGAGUUUCUACCACGACAACGUUUAAAAAGGAGUUCAAAAUUUCGGGGCAGAUCGGAGAUUCGAGUCAGAAAGACCGACACAGCUUUACUAGCUUGGCCCAUCAAAUUAACGCUGGAUUGAAUCAUGGUUACAAAGAAGAGGAAGUAACAGAGGCGGUUAUCCGUGGGGUGAAUCCUGGAAUGAGGAUAAGGAGCUACCUAGAAGGUAAGCCU